AUGAGAACGUUAUCAACGAUAACGGAUGCGCAGCUGGUUUCGAUUCAGGAAGGUAAUUUGGGAGAUUUGGUGGAGAUUCGUAGUGAGGCGACGAGAAAAAUGUGGCUGAACUUGAAGAUUAAAGAAAAUAUGAUUUUCCAAAAAUCUAUAGUUAAGUGGGAUGUGGAAGGAGACUUGAAUAGCAGAUUUUUUCAUUGUGCCUUGAAAGCCAGAAGGAGGGCAAAUUUUAUCAAUAGUAUUGAUUCGGAUAACGGAGUCUUGGAGUCGGUGGGAGAUAUAAAGGAAGAGGUCAGAAGGCAUUUUGCUAGUAAGUUCUCCGAUUCUAACCAAUCCCGGCCUUCUCUUGAGGGAUUCUCUUUUAAAGCCAUUUCAGUCGGGGAUAAUUUCAAUCUGGAACUUCCCUUUACGGAAAAGGAAUUUAAGGAUGCGAUUUGGGGUUGUGAGGGGUCGAAGAGCCUGGGGCCGGACGGCUAUAACUUUUUCUUUAUCAAAAAGUGUUGGGGCUUCAUAAAAGCUGAUUUCAUUCGAUUCUUCAACGAUUUUCAUGAUAAAGGUUUUCUAUCAAAGGCGAUUGUCUCCUCUUUUAUCUCUUUAAUUACGAAAAAGGAGCAUCCUGUUUCUCUGGACGACUAUCGGCCAAUCUGUUUGGUAGGUUGCCUUUACAAAGCUUUAUCUAAACUCCUUGCUGCUAGGUUGAAGUUGGUGUUAAGGUCUAUAAUCUCUAGCACCCAGAGUGCUUUUGUCCCUGGCAGGCAGCUCCUCGAGGCAAUUUUGGUUGCGAAUGAGGUCAUUGACUCGGCUGUUAAGGAGAAGAGGGGUUGUUUGCUUUUCAAAGUAAACUUUGAAAAGGCCUACAACAAAGUGAACUGGGUAAUUGUCAACGGUAAUCCUACGAAAGACUUUGAGGUGAAGAAAUGGUUGAGGCAAGGAGAUCCGCUAUCUCCUUUCCUUUUUGUUAUCAUUGCUGAAGGCUUGGCGGCGCUGGUUAGAAAUGCGGUGAAUGUCGGCAUUUAUUCUAACUUCAUAGUGGGGACCUCCGUGUUUGUUGAUAUCAUCCAAUUCGCAGAUGAUACAUUACUGGUUGGUGAAGGAAAUUGGGGUCAGUUUUGGGCUCUCAAGGCGGUGUUGAGAGGUUUCGAAGUUGUAUCGGGGUUGGGAGUUAACUUUCACAAAAGUAGGAUUGUUGGUUUUAAUCUUAGCAAGCAUUUUAUGGGGGCUGCAGCAAAUUUCUUGGGAUGUAAGGUUGAAGACAAUUCUUUCCUUUUCUUAGGUAUUCGGUUGGGAUCUAAUCACAAAAGGAUCUCGUGGUGGAAGCCGCUCAUUGAUAAACUCAAGGAUCCUCUCGCUGCUUGGAAGGGAAGAUUCUUGUCUUUCGGGGGAAGAAUUACCCUUGUUAAAUCAGUUCUUUCUAGUCUGUCUAUUUUUCAACUGUCCUUUUUCAAAGCGCCGACAAAGUGGCAGUGGAAAAUUUCGCAAGGAGUUGAUUCUAUGUGGCUGAAAGUUCUUACCGAGAAGUAUGGUAAUUUGAAGCAUCUCAUUCUCACGCGGGGCGAAUCGGUUAAAAGAGCGAAGCGCUCCAGUUGGAGCAUGUUGGGUGAUGGUUUGGACAUCCCUUUUUGGAGCGGGUUCUGGAAUUCUGCAGGUAGAUUUAUUGAUGUUCUUCCCCAACUGUAUCAGGCCUGCACUAUGAAGGACCAAAGUGUCGCCAAUUUCGGUCAUUGGAAGGAUGAUGGAUGGGAUUGGGGCGAUUUGGGGAUUGUUAAUCCCAAUUCUGUUUUGCAGAACCAGUUGCAUCGUUUACGCGGUAUUCUGGCUAGCACGACUCCGAAUGAUGAUGUUGCGGACACGGUGGUGUGGCUGCCCGAUCCUCAGUUUGGAUACACGACAAGAAGCGGUUACAAACAAUUGCGUCUUUAUCAUGUUGAUUCCGGUGGAGGCGGCAUUCAUCCGGCUCUGUUUGAAUUCGCGUGGAAGGUGGUUGUCCCUUACAGAAUAAAAACGUUCGGGUGGCGAAGUUUAAUCAAUCGGUUACCCACCAAGGAGUUGCUGAAACGGCGUGGUAUUAUCAGUAACCCGGCGGACUUCAGGUGCGUUUUUUGUUCAGUGGCUGAGGAAUCGGUUAACCAUAUUUUUAUGGACUGUUCUUUUUCCAUUCGUGUGUGGGCUAAAAUUUUCUUGUGGGUGGGAGGCGAUUCGGGUUUGGGAGGUGAUUUGGCCUCUAGCUUGAACUCUUGGAUUCUUGAUAACCGGAGAAAGAGGUUUAGGAAGGAGGUUUCGGGUCGGAUUUGGCUGGCAGUUUUAUGGUGCAUUUGGAAUCAUAGAAAUGACAUCAUCUUUAACGAAGCCAAACCUUGUGUUUCGGAUUUAGUUUGGAACAUCAAACUUAAGGUUUGGAAAUGGUCUUGCGUCGGCAACAUUCCUUACUCCAAAUGUAACUAUUAUGAUUUCUGCAAAAAUCCGCUGUUGUAG